UUCCUCACACAUCACUCAAAUUUAACAAACUAAAUCAGCAACAAAAACUCAAAGAAAACACACACACACACACAAGGAUAAUCAAAGAACAAAAAAAAAAGAUGGUGAGGCCACCUUCAAUCGACAGCAAUGGAAUGAAGAAGGGUGCUUGGAGCGAAGACGAAGACGAAAAAUUGAGAUCUUACAUACAAAGAUAUGGCCAUUGGAAUUGGAGAUUGCUCCCCAAAUAUGCCGGACUAAAGAGAUGCGGGAAGAGCUGCAGACUGAGAUGGGUGAAUUACUUGAAACCCGGGGUCAAAAGAGGCAAUUUCAGCAAAGAAGAACGACAAAUCGUUAUCAAAUUACACGCUGAACUCGGAAACAAGUGGUCUGCUAUUGCUGAAAAGCUGCCGGGAAGGACUGACAACGAGAUCAAGAACUUCUGGCACACACGUGUCGAGAGACGGCGCAAGCCAAAUCACUCAGCAAAGCCUAUAAAUAAUACAAUUUCUUUCACAGAAAAAACAGAUUCCUCGGAAGCUACUUCUCUCUCUACAUCUCAAGAUCUCUCACUACCAUUCGAUGAUGCUUCUUUCUCUACAAAUUCAUCACAAGAAGAGCUUGAUUUGAUGCUGUCGGAAAUGCUCAAGGAUGAUGUUGCUCAAAACGAGGGUUUGGCGGCGCACGUGUUUAAUGAGGAGGUGUUGGAGUUCGACUAUCCUGAGCUGCGGUACAGCGAGCUAUCGUGCUCCGGGUCAUCCUACGGAAGCUUCUGGAAUGAGUCUUCGAAUUCGGAGAGUGAGAGUAGUAGUUAUAGUUAUAAUGCUAAUCCUCCUGUGGAGGAAGAGGGUUUGUUGCUUACUUAUGAUCCCCUCCUUCAGUAUUUUGACUACGAGACGAGUCUCUUUUGGUAGCAGAGGAGGAGCGAGGUUCAUAUAAUGCGCGUUUUUGGUAAUAGCAAGGUUUAUUCAGUGCGCGUUUUUGGUAGUAGACGAGGAGCGAGGUUUACUCAGAGCGCAUUUGCUACCAACCUAUUAGGGCUUGUUGUAGCUAGUGAAUAAUAUAGUUGUGUAUAUAAAUAAUGUUUGCAUACCAUUAAUGUAUGUUUGAUAAUCAUGUAUGUUGGUAUUCGGUUUGGUGAAUUAUAUAAGAUUUCAGUUAAUCA